AUGUCAUUCGUAGCAACUCAUAAUUCUUAUGCUUACGGAAACCAAGUUGCAGCAACGCAAAAUUAUAAUAUCGAAAUUCAAUUAAAAGAUGGAGUUCGUGUUUUCCUUCUUGCUGCUCUUAAAAAUCCAGAUCCAACAAGAACAGAUAUAGUACUUUGUCAUACUUCUUGCGAAUUAUUAAAUGCAGGAACUGUAACAAAUACAUUAAAAUAUUUUACAGUAUUCUUACAAAAUAAUCCAAAUGAUAUUAUUACAAUCUUUUGGAGAAAUGAUUUUAGUAACCUUACAUCCGCUAAUUUUAAAACUGCUUUUGAUGAAGCUAAUUUAACUUCAUAUUGUUAUACUCAACCACUUGGUGCUGAUUGGCCUACAAUGGCAUCUAUUAUUAAAUCAGGAAAACGUGUUAUUAACUUUCUUGAUUCUGGGGCUGAUGAUAAAAGACUUCCAUUAUAUAUGAUGAAUCAUUUCCUAUAUUCUGUAAUAUCUGGUAUUGAAAUUCCUGCUCGAAGUAUCGUGAAUGUAACAAAUAGUGUUAGUCUUUCAAAUCAAGCACAAAAUUGUACUAAUAUCUUUAGACAAUUUCCAAAUUUUAUUGCUGUGGAUUUUUAUGAUCAAGGUACAAAGACUCAAAAUGUUUUUAGUGUUGUUGCUAAUUAUAAUGGUGUACCAUAUGUUCCACAAACUUAUGGUAACGGUUCCUUACUUUCAACUACAAAUUCUGCUAAUAUUAUUAUAAAAAAUAGUUUAUUUAAUGCUCUUAUUUCUUUAUUACUCUUGACCUUGAGCGAACUGAAGGAUUUAUGUGUGACCUGUGGUAUUUCUGCUAGAGGUAACAAGUGGGAUAUUAUCAUUGGAGGCGCACAGGAUAGAGUAGGUGAGGCUAAAGAAGUGAUUUGGGAUGACGAGAGGGUUGUUGAUUGGACAG